CUCAUCAGUAGCGCAGCGCCACCACGCUCCCACACAACCCCAAGAGCUCUCGAAAACCCCACAAGAAAUUUUCCACAGCUCUCGAGCAGGAAAAGGGGAGGAGAUCUCUCUUCCAUCUUCUCUGUGUUCCGCCUCUUCUGGGUGGUGGGUUUUCUCGCUACCUGCGAUUCUUGAGCGGGCGAGGUCGAUUUGGGAAGGAGGGCCAUGGCGGAGAGGAUCACGGGCAAGGUCAAGUGGUUCAGCGACCAGAAGGGGUUCGGCUUCAUAACCCCAGACGACGGCUCCGAGGAUCUCUUCGUCCACCAGUCCUCCAUCCAGUCCGAGGGCUUCCGCAGCCUCGCCGAGGGCGAGACCGUCGAGUUCCAGAUCGAGUCCGACGGCAGCCGCACCAAGGCCGUCGAGGUGACCGGCCCCGGCGGCGUCGCGGUGCAGGGGAGCAGCCGCGGCGGCGGCGGGAGCCGGGGCGGCGGCGGCGGCGGCAGGGGAGGGGGCUAUGGCGGCAGGGGAGGCGGUGGUUAUGGUGGAGGGGGCGGCGGCUACGGCGGCGGCGGCGGCGGUUACGGCGGGGGCGGUUACGGCGGCGGAGGAGGGGCUUGUUAUAACUGUGGGGAGACUGGGCACAUGGCGAGAGAUUGCUACCAGGGCGGCGGCGGCGGCGGAGGGGGUAGGUACGGAGGAGGCGGAGGCGGCGUCGGCGGGGGAGGGAGGUACGGCGGCGGCGGAGGCGCCGGCGGCGGCGGCGGCGGCGGCGGCGGGAGCUGCUACAACUGUGGGGAGUCGGGGCACUUUGCCAGGGAGUGUCCCAGGAAUGGUUGACUGAGGUAACGAUAACACGAAUGGAUUAGGUCCAUAAAAAAAUCGUCUCUGGUUUGGCGAGUAUCUCUUUUUCUGGUGGUGAGCUUGGUGCACUGUUUUUGUUACGUGGGACUCUUUUCUUUUGGUCAUCUACUUCUCUUUGUUAAUUUUGUGUGUUGCUGUGGGUCGUUUGACGCUUAACCCUCAAGAAGAUGUGUGAUUUUCUACUGGGUGGAUGCUAUUUUUUCUUUCCUUGUGUUAGUUCUGAGACCUAUUGUUGCCUUUGCUGGAUUGAGCCUUCAAUGGCUGGUUGGACUACUGGACCGUGAAUUUGCUGGGGAUGAGUGGUGAAUCUGUCAUGGUUCUGAUUUUACUCGAA